GGGCGGCGGUGGAGGCGGCGGCCUCUACGCCCUGGUCCGGGCCGCGAGCGGUAGAGGGCGCCUCCGGACGCCGCGAUUGCUCGGGCGGGUCGCUUCUGCCGGCUGGGGAUGGUCGGAGGCCGCCUCAGCUGAGAGCCUUAUCAGCGCUUCGCAGAAGCAGGAGGGGCCGGGCUGGGCCCCGUUUAGGCGGGCCGCGCUCUAUGGGGCAGCGCCGGCGGCGCAGCCUGUGAGGCGCUGCUUUGCUCUCUCCCGCCGGGGGCCGCAGCAAGGAAGAAGCAGCAGCAAGCAACCGCCACCUCCGCGCGGCCACCGGCCAUUUGCUCCAUGGCAGGCUUGGUUCCCCGCCUCCCCCUGCUGCUGCUGUGGCGCCAACAGCGGCGUCGGCGCCUGCACUGCUGGCCCUGGGCUCCGGCUUCUUUCGGAGGUGCAGAGGCGGCUGCCGGCGGCGGAUGGGCCGCGUCACCCUCGGCGGGCAGGUGGCGGGACGCUGCCGCUCCUUCGCUCGGCUCUCUGCGCUCGCGGCCAGCCGCUUCCCGCUCCGCCGCGUCCUCGUGGGCGGCCUCGGCGGGGACCUCGCGGAAGAAGGCGGGCGACCCCCCGGGAGCCGCGCUGCCCCCGGCUGCCGAGCCCGCCGCCGCCGAGGUCUCGGACGCCAAGAGGCUCCUGGCCUUGGCAUAUCCCGAGCGCUGGAGACUGACAGCUGCUGUUGGCUUUCUGACAGUUUCCAGUGUCAUCACAAUGUCUGCCCCUUUUUUCUUGGGGAAAGUAAUUGAUGUCAUCUACACAAAUCCCACUGGUGAACUUGCUGACAACCUAACCAAUCUCUGUGCCUUGCUGAGUGGAAUAUUUUUAUGUGGUGCUGCUGCCAAUGCAAUCCGUGUCUACCUCAUGCAGAUUGCAGGACAAAGAAUUGUGAAACGGCUGAGAGCAACAAUGUUUUCCUCUCUCUUGAAACAAGAAGUAGCUUUUUUUGACAAAACCAGCACUGGAGAGCUGAUUAAUCGCUUAUCAUCAGACACGGCACUCUUGGGUCGUUCAGUCACUGAAAACCUUUCUGAUGGGCUAAGAGCUGGUGCUCAGGCUUCAGUUGCAGUUGGGAUGAUGUUUUUUGUGUCUCCCAAUCUUGCCACAUUUGUUCUGAGUGUGGUGCCACCUCUGGCUUUUGUGGCUGUUAUUUAUGGAAGAUAUUUACGAAAACUGACUAGAAUGACACAGGAUUCCCUUGCAGCAUCAACACAGUUAGCAGAAGAACGGAUUGGAAAUUUAAGAACAGUUCGAGCUUUUGGGCAAGAAUUGAAAGAAAUGGAGAAAUACAGGAGCAAAGUUGAUCAUGUGUUACAGUUAGCCAAAAAGGAAGCGUUAGCUCGAGCAGGAUUCUUUGGAGCAACUGGGCUAUCUGGGAAUUUGAUUGUGCUCUCUGUUCUGUACAAAGGAGGAUUACUGAUGAGCAGUGCCCACAUGACUAUUGGUGAACUGUCCUCUUUCUUAAUGUACGCCUUCUGGGUUGGCAUAAGCAUUGGAGGUUUAAGCUCUUUCUAUUCGGAGCUAAUGAAAGGAUUAGGUGCAGGAGGGCGUCUGUGGGAACUUAUGGAUCGAAAGCCACAACUUCCUUUUAAUGAGGGAAUGGUAUUAAACCAGGAUGCAUUCAAAGGUGCUCUGGAGUUCAGAAAUAUCCAAUUUGCAUAUCCAGCUCGUCCAGAAGCAUUGAUUUUUCAGGACUUUACCCUUAGCAUCCCAUCGGGCUCUGUAAUGGCAUUGGUUGGCCCAAGUGGCUCUGGCAAAUCGACUGUUGUCUCUCUCCUGCUUAGGCUUUAUGAUCCAAUCUCAGGAAGCAUCACUGUUGAUGGUGUUGAUGUUCGUCAGUUAAAUCCACUCUGGUUCAGGAAUAGAAUCGGAACAGUAAGCCAGGAACCAGUUCUGUUCUCAUGCUCUAUUGCUGAAAACAUUGCCUAUGGUGCAGAGGACCCUUCUACAGUAACUACUGAAGAAAUUGAGAGAGUUGCUGAGAUAGCAAACGCUGCUAGUUUUAUCCAAAACUUUCCAAACGGAUUCCACACUUUAGUGGGGGAGAAGGGUGUUCUUCUUUCAGGUGGACAGAAGCAACGGAUUGCAAUUGCUCGAGCUCUUCUCAAGAAUCCAAAAAUUCUUCUUCUUGAUGAAGCAACAAGUGCUUUGGAUGCUGAAAAUGAGUAUCUUGUCCAAGAAGCACUAGAUCGGCUCAUGGAAGGGAGAACUGUCCUCAUUAUUGCUCAUCGUCUGUCCACCAUUCAGAAUGCUAAUUCUGUUGCAGUUCUUGACCAAGGUAGAAUUAUUGAGUGUGGAAAGCAUGAAACACUGCUUGCAAACCCAGAUGGACUUUUCAGCAAACUAAUGAAGAAACAGUCUCUUAUCCAGACUCCUGAAAGUUUUGCAUUAAAUGUGAAAUCCUGAAAGAAAAAUAUUUUUAAAAAUUAUGAAAGAGUAUAAGGAAUCGAAAUGUACCACAUUUCCAAGAAUUUUAAAUUAUGUUUCAGUUUAUGUACAAUAAAUGUUAUAUAUAUUUUUCAGCUUGUUUCAAAUAUUUUUAAACUUGAUUGUGCUAAACUUUUUAUUCAGAACUACUAACUAUAUUAUGAAGAUACCCAAUACUGAGUUGUUUUCAGGUUGUAAUUUCUUUGUAUUUUUAUUGAUGACUAUAAUAUGGAUGUUCAUUGGUUUUAGGUUAUGGCAGCACACUGAUUUUCCCAUUGUUGGAAAUUAAAACUACAUUUAGUUAUGUUUUUUUUUUUUAAGUUAUGGGGUUGGAAACAGAGGUCCAUUCAUUGAACACAGAGGAUCAGAGCAGAGGGAAAGUUUCACCAAUUCCUUGUUCCCACCAUUGACCCUUGCAUCCUCCAAAUUUGUUCCGGAGAGUUGGAGGAGCCUCUGGUACAGCAUAAGAUGUGGCACAGGAGGCCGAAGGGGGAAUCAUAGAAAGACAUUUAGUAGAAAAGCUGCUACUAGUUGGGCUGGAAGACAGAGACCUAUGACAGAGAUGGGGGACCUGUGGCUUUCCAUAUGUUUUUGGACUAAAACUCCUGUCAUCCCUAGCCAUUGGUCAUCCUGGCUAGAACUGAUGGGGGUCAAAAGGCCAACAAAAUGGGGAAGGCAGAAAUUCCACCCUGACCUGUUUAGGGUUUUUUUAAUAGGAUAUUUGCCCCACAGGCAGAAUUUAGACAUGUUCUUGAGUGUAUCUAAAACUUUCACUCUUCCCAAUUAAAUCCUGAGGCUAGUAACUGAUUAGGAAUACAGAACAUUCCUCUGUUUUCAGUUCUAUCCUGUUACUUUGAUGCCAACACACCGGAUGACAUUUUAAAUUGCCUUUGUAAUCUCUCUUCCACUUUAGGAUUGCACCCUAAAAAUCAUUCUGUCACUUGCUUAAAAAGCAGAACAAGCAGCAUUUAAAACCCAGUGUACAUUAUAUGUUCCAAAGUGCCCCACCCCCAUAAAAACCAUUCAAAAUAGUCCAGGGCAGGGAAGCAUUCACGUGGCACCAAAAAGAUCCGGGGUGGGAGAGUAUUCACCUGGUCCAAAAGUAUCUUAAUGUUGGCUCAUUUCAUAUAAGGCAGCUUCAUUUGUUCAUGUGUUUAUAAAGAUAUGUUUAAGUCACACAGAAUAAAACUGUAUAAAUAAAUAAAACCAGUUUACUGUACACGGGAUUGCAGUCAUAGCCACUUUACUAUUACCCACCAUCAAUUAUUUUGAAUCAAAACUGGAAAUAUGUCAUAAAACAUAAAAUGGGUAUGACUUAGCAAACAUGUUUAUGCCUAGGUGUGGGUUAAAUAUUGGAAACUUUCAUGAGGAAAGCUAUAUUUACUCAGUUGUAAACCUUAUUGAAUUCAAUUGGACAUAUUCCAAGGUAAAUGGGAUUAGACUUGCAGCCUUAGAUUAUCAGCGUAAAGAGAACAAGAUUAAUAAUACUAUGCAUUCUAAAAACUACAAAAAAAUAAACAAAAGCAUAGGAAUUGACUUCUUUGAUUUUUAACUAUAUGUAUUAUUAAAAUACUAGUAAACAGUCCUCUUUCUAACUUUGCAAAUUUUAUCAGAUUACAUAAAAUUGUAUACAGGUGAGACUCGGAAAAUUAGAAUAUCGUCAAAAAGUGCAUUUAUUUCAGUAACGCAACUUAAAAGGUGAAACUAAUAUAUGAGAUAGAUGCAUGACAUGCAAAGCAAGAUAUGUCAAGCCUUUAUUUGUUGUAAUUAUUUGUCGUUAGGCGGGUCAGUUACAAAUGGAAUGUAAUUAAUGAAAUGUAAUAGCGAUAUUUAUUUUUGUAUUAUUGUAACUAUUUGUUUUAUUACUGUGGAAUUUCCAAAAGAAAGCAUUUGUAAAAAUUAAAAGAAAAAUAAAAAAUAAAAAAUUGCAUUACUGAAAUAAAUGCACUUUUCGACGAUAUUCUAAUUUCCCGAGUUUCACCUGUACAUCACACACUGGUGAAACAUAAUUGAACUGUCAGUUAACUCACUUCUUGGUUUAUAACUUACCGGUAAUGCAUUGGUGGGUGCAUAUUUCAACUUUUGAACAGAAGAGUUUUUAACAAACCUUUGGUCUAAUGUACUGUAAGAGUCUUUGACAAAGUUCUAUGUCAGGCAUCCCCAAACUGUGGCCCUCCAGAUGUUUUGGCCUACAACUCCCAUGAUCCCUAGCUAACAGGACCAGUGGUCGGGGAAGAUGGGAAUUGUUUACCUUCAAAUGUCCUUAACUUAGGAGUAGUGUGCAGUGUAUGGUUUUGUAACUUCAAAGUUCAUUUCAUGCAGGUUUUAACAAUGGAACACGAGCACAGCCUCCUAGAACUGCAAACAACUAUACUGUAUAGCUAUUACUAUCUGUAAUUCAGGGGUCUCUGGAUGUAAGUUUGAUAAUUAAGUAAAGCAUUUGACAGUUGUUUGUCUAUCUUCUGUAUACCUGACUUCAAUUUAAAAAUAAGGUUUUCCCCCUACAUUCUUUGAUAUUUGUUUUUCAACACUACCAGUAUCUGCUUCUCAGUAAUAUUUUCUAUUAUGGAUUAAAAUACAUUGGUAAACCAUGUAAUAGAGCUGUGGUUUUAUGUAACUUAUCUUGCUUUCUAAUGAUACCAUGCAUUUUUGGAUCAUUAU